UUUUACAGAUUUUCUGCACCUGUGUCAACGCGCGGGGCACUCUGUGGCUUAUAAGACCGCCGACCACCUCUUGGUAGCCACCUCCAGUCCCCACAGAACGCCUGAAGCCUCCGCCAUGAACACCGCAGCGGCUCUCCUGUUAUUCUGCGCCUUGUCGUCGUCUGACUGUGCUCUCCUUUCAUUCCGACAUUUGCACACCUCUCUGCAGGGUGUGGACUCGCGAUCUGUCAGCGACAAGCCUAAGCGGACCCUCUUCUUCCCCUUCACCGAUGUGGUGAACACAGUGGUGGGCGGCGCCCUGACCGCCGGGGACGUCCUCGGACACGACAUCAUCGGUGCCGCGGAAGACGUGGCAGAGGUUGGGAUCGACGUCUUCGAGCAGCUCGCCGAGCAGCUGCUGCAGGCCAACUCGCUCGAGUCGACGUUGAUGAAGUGCCUGGCAGACCUGGGCAAGGUGGGGGCGCAGGCCGCGGAGCAGGUGGCCGACCAGGUGGUGGACGCCAUGGUGGACGCGAUCGCCGCAGCGCUGAUGCAGGGCUCGAGCAGCUCAGCCGCGCUGGGCCAGGGCGCGGGCAGCGUGCUGGGCGGCCUCUCUGGGGAGGUGGCCCAGUGCCUGGCCGACGCCCUGCUGGGCAUUCUGGGCAACCUGGACGGCGUGCUGGGCGACGCACUGGGCUCAGUGACUGGCAACGUGGGCGGCAUCCUCUCCGGCGUCACCGGCAACUCCAACGUGACUGACACUGUACAGGACGUCCUGAAUAACCUGGCGAACGGUUCGUCGGUGGCAGAUGUCGUGUCUGGAGUAACUGACAACGGUACUGGCGUCGUGUCUGGAGUAACCAGCAACGCGACCGGGGUCGUGUCCGAUGUUACAGGUGGUCUGACGUCGGGUCUCACCGGAAGCUCGGGCUCGUCCAACAUCGUUAGUGACGUAGUGUCCGGCGCCACUGGAACCGUUGGAGGUCUCCUGUCUGGCAGCACUGGGAGUUCGAAGCCAAGUGGCUCUGCACUCGGUGGACUACUGGGAAAACGCAAAUGAACUUUGACAUGAUGCAGCCUGCAGACACACUUUUCCACAUCUGUUCAUCCAAUGGGUUCCAACGAAAAUUCAAAUCUAUGAGUCUGUACCACAUUAAGGCACUUUGAAGCGAAUAAAUCUAGAUUGAAAUCUU